UAAUUUGGCAUGUUUAAACACGAACCGCAUCUGAUUUUUGGUUUCAACAGAUUAAUAACCACAAAAAAAACACCCCUGAAGACCCACUUAGAAAAUGUAUUUUUGGCAAUAUAUUUUAAAUAUUAUUCAUGCUUUACUCCCUUUAUACAUGAAGGCGGGCAGUGUGCAAAGACAUUGCUCCUGACUAGUCAAAUGUGGGCCUACAGUAUGCAAUAGGAUACUCCAUUAGUGACUUGGAUGGUCUUAAACAAAUCUGGACUUCUUUUAUGACCAGUAAUUUAAAAGCUUGGUUGACUUUUUAUAUUUACAACAUAAUUAAUGAGAAGAAUGAACCAUUAAGACUAAUGCAUUCAUCCUUCUACUGUGGAGUUUACCAUUAGUGUUAUAGGACGUUUGGGUAAUUUAGUGUUUAUGAACAAUUAUUCGCGAGUUGUGUCAAAUCUCCUAAUCGGAGUAACCAAGCCCAUCUCCACAUAGAGUAUGUGUGGUUCUUUGCUGUGUUUAUAUCAUGCAUGGGCUGCAGCAGUUGCAUUUCUACUGGGAGGACUGCUUUCCUUAAAUGGGUUGGUAGAUUUGGACUGAGAGGUAACUUGCAGUUUGAAAUCAAGCCACGUGGGGUCAGUCAAAACCUUAGUUCAGAGGGAGACAGGUAAUCUUCCUGUGAAGUAUGUCUUUUCAGUACUAAAUUUAAAGGAUUUGUUUGAGUUAAAGGUGAUACCUUUAGAUGAAAAAUGUGGAUCUUUACUUGCAUGGUAUUUCAUAUACUUUGAAAUAGAUCGUCAGAAAGCAGACGCUGCUUUCAACCCCCUUUGGUCUUCAGCAGUAGUAUGGAGCAGAAUUACUACAUCACGUGACUUCAGAAGGAUUUUACAUGCUCAGAUAAUGCCAGAUGAAUUCUGAGCAGAGAUUAACACAACUUUGGUCUGUCUGUCAUGAUUAAAGCAGAACCUCAAAUGAUUUGCAUUUUGGCUGCAUGUGCUUCUAGCCUCCGACUGUCCUUGAACGGGUUAAUUAAAGGUUAAAUCAUAAGAACCAUACGCUAAUGGUUAGCUCGAGAGGCGUCGCUGCACGUAGGGACAGGCUACUUACCGGCUGUAUCGUUCAUAGGGUUUGCUAGGCAAAUUUAGUUCUAUGGCAAGAAAUCAAAUCGUGGUUGACAGCCUUUUGAUGUGCUUUAUUAUAUCUCAUAAUGUGCGCCAAAAAUAAAUCGUUUGCAAGAACACGGUGCAGGGCGCGUCCCUUGUUAAAUAAUUCUGAUCCUUUUGCGCUGCCGUAGUUUUCACCCAGUUGUCUCCGGGCCUGCCUUUCACAAGCUGGCAGCUGUACUGAAGAUAGGAAAAAAAAAAACUUGGGAGGAAGAACUGAAGGAAGGUCGGUCUGACUGGACGAAGCAGAGUGGGAGAGGAAGGGAAAGUCAUCCCAACAAGACAAGACAAGACGGACGUGGUAAGCCCGACUAUAACGAUGGAAGCACGAUUUCCAUUAGAAACAAUAUAUCUACGCAACAGAAGCUACUGUGACUAACCCGCGUUUCUUGAUACAAAAGAACCAAACAGAGAACAACAAAAAAAAACUAACUAUACUUUUUUAUUAGCAUUUGUUUUUGUGCUGUAAAAAAACGGAUUUACAGAGACAACGCUGAAAAGUACGUUUUCCUAUUUUAAAAAAAGUGAAAGAAGUUUGACAUACCACACCUGGAAGUUAAGACGACUUCUAAAAUAUUAUUUCAACUUUUUAAACCUCACCAGCGUGUUUCCUUUUUGUCUCGUUAAACGGAGUUGGAUUCUCAUUACGCUUCAUCAUGUUCAACUUUGUUUGGUGACAUUUUCCUAUUUGUUUUUGGACAAUAAGGUUCCGAGACCAAAAAGGACAUUUUUGGGGGAAAAGAGCAACAUAUCUGCUUUAUACAAAAUAAAUACAAAAAAAAGAGAGAAAAUAAACUGUGGAUACUGGAAGAGCCCUCCGCUUUCCAAUACAGCAGGAAGACAAUUAUUUUAAAAGUAAAAGAAAAUGCCAGACUACAGAGUACUAUUGACAAAGUAAAGGAAGGUAAAAAUUAGUAAACGACUUUUCUCGGUGCCCGCUGAACUCUGAGUGAACGACAGGAAGAUUUUUUUAAGUGUAGAUCCAAGGCGUAUUAAUAUACAAGGGAAAUGGGGGACGUGGCAAAAUAUUUAAAGUUUUUUGCUUAUGUUUUAAUGUAAUAAGUUAUCUAUUCAAAAUUAUGCUAUGACGUUUUUGACCAAAAUGAUUUCAAUAUAUUCAAAUUUUACAGUUACUGUAAGCUUGUGAGAGAGAGAGGGGGCAGAGAUACAAGGUGAAGGUGCAUUUCCACACAGAGCCGGCUUUGUGUACCUUUUUGAUAAACAAAAACGUUGUUGAGAAAGAAAAAAAAACAGAAAAACAGCUUCCGGAUAAUAUUAACACACAGGUACUAACAACGUUGAGAGCUGGUUAUAUUCACACAAGGCCUUUGUGGUCCUAACAAAAGCCGCUUGACUUGAAAUUUAUGAAGCAAAACUUGGAAUUCGGCCAGACUACGAAAAAGGUGAAACAUCGCCCUGGGUGUGGUUUGUGAGCAUAUAGGCGAAAGGUCAUCCUUUUAAUUAGAGCGACUAGAAAACUAGAGAGAGGGCUUAAACCAUUUCCACAGUACCGAGUUUUCAGAAGCGAAAAGAAAAGCGAUUUGAGAACGAUUGGAAAUUGACAGAGAAAUCGAUUAGUUUAAUAACAAAUUAACAAAAAACUCUGAAAUAGAAAGUUUGCAACACAGUCGACAGCUGUGUGUUUUGAGGUAGGGCGAGAGCAAAGCUGAACUCAUGAAUAAAUAAGCAAUCGGUAAGAGAGCUUGCGUUUUUACAGCUGCUUGCCAAGGGGUAAGGGGACUGAAGCAAUCGACAGACGGUUGAUAAGAUAAACAAACCAAAUUCCAUACUAAGACAAAAAAAAGCCACAUCGUCCUCUACAAACAUUGACGUAUUACCGCAAAAAAAAAUCAGUAUAUUACACGUUUAGAUACGGUUUUGUUUGUUUGUAAUACAUAAUAGACUAUUUAAACAACCUUAAAUUAAGAUUUCAUUUGUAGCACAUAUUUAUAGAGGACCCACUCAAUUACACGUAUUGCAAAUAGAAAAUUCAAGUAAUCAACGGAUUUUUGAAUCUGUGAUUUUAAAUUAUAAGUUAAUACUUUUAAAUUGGCUUACAUGCAUGGAUAAUGCAGGUUAGUUUGAACAAUUAAGAAAAGGUAUUCUAUUGAGACCAUUUUACGAACCCAGCAGUUAUACAUUAAAUAAUAACCAAAUCAAACUCUUUAAAGAAAUUUGGGCAGGAUGUCUUUAGUGGGGCGAGCUUGGGGCUGGGUCAAGCCUGUGUUGUACUAUCGACCAUGGGGCAGCAGAAAAGGGGUGAAGGAACUAGAGCUAGCGAAAGAGAGAGAGUUAGAGAGGGUGGAACGAGAAAAAGCAAAGGAGGGGGAGAGAAAGAUGCUUCUGAAGAUAGAGGAGCUGGGUCCUGUCAAAGGAGCUGUGAUCAACAAGAGCUCCCCCCAGAGGUGGUGGCAGGCACUGCCACUGAUACGCUGGUACUGGAGGAACCCAGAGCAGCUGGAGCCUGUAAAAAACAUUACCCCCAUUCCCUUGAAAGAGGCAGACUUUUCAGGAAGUGUGUAUUCCAUGGCCCCCUCCGGAUCCCCGGACACUACACCCCCUGCCCUUUUUAAAAAGACCCCCAAAUGGGACCACGUAAUCCUCCCGGAACAUUACGACAUCUCCUUCAACUUCCUGCGGCAUCUCUUCGAUCUGUUUGUCGUCGGCUUCCUGUACGUCAGCUCCCCGGUUGUUCGAGUCUGCCUGGAUGUGUUUGGCCUCAAGGGCGCGCUGAAGCUCUGGAUCCAUGGGAUGGCGCUGUUUCUUGUGUCCGUCUCUGGAAUGGGCUUGCUGCUGUGGCUGGUCCAGGCCUAUCUGCCCCAGUUUGCGCUUGUCUACGGUGUGCUGCAGGCCCUGGUGAUCUCGGUCAGUGUGAAACAGAGUCUGAUGGCUAAAGCCGAAGGAGAGAUUGAGGGACAGCCAGGGGAGAGAGAAGACAAGGAGGGGACAGUGCUGGACAGCAGCGAGGGAGAGACGGAGAGGGAGUUGGAGAGCGAGGAGAAGGAAGAGGGUGGAGCUCGCAUAAGCGAUGCUGUAUUUUGAGCAGGGGAAACAGAUACUUCUGGAACCCUAUCCAAAAAUCUGGGAUUGAAGACUACUUUCCUGGAAUUUUCAGGAUCCCACACAAUGACAAUUUCUCGAGAUCUUGUUCCCCUGUAACCUGGAUGGAUUUGUGUGGAUGGCUAGAUCAGGAAUAAGGGUCUGUUUCUGACACUGGAGCCUUUAUUUAAAACCACUGUGCACAUCAAUGCCGUUACACCUGUUACAAACAGCCUGGAGUGGAUAGCUGUGAAAGAGUAUGACUUUUUAUUUUUAUGGUUGGAAUCUUGGAAUCUUUAAGGGUUUCAAAAAUGUCCUGCAUUUUGUUUCUGCAUGUCGUCCCAUCUUUUUCCAAAGAAAAUCUAUAGAUGCAUGAAAGAAAGCCAGUGGUUUCCUCACCAUGGUACAGAAAGCAAGAUGAAGACUCUCCACAAAGGCUUUUAAUAAUCUUGUUUAGCACACUUAUCAUUGCUGUGGGUCUUUCCACUCAUUUAUCGCUGCCUAUCGAUUUUAACAUAACUGCACAUUUUGACUGAUUCAUUGGUGUUUUUAACCAGUUUAUCCAUCAAUCCCAAAUGGAGUUAUCUUGUGCUGUUAUACACUACAAACCAGCUUCUAGACGUUUGGUCAGGGAGCUACAAAUCCAGCUAAUCAACAUAUGCUGUUCUGAAAUGGGGGAUGCGAACGCAUCUGACAGUGUUAUCAUUAUCUGUAUACUAAUAACAAUUUUAAUGUAUGAAAAAAUACAAAGAACACUUCUUAGACCACAGUUUAACCAAAUAAUGUGUGAAAUUGACUCUCAAAUCACUGUGAAACCUUGUUUUUUUUAUACUACAUUAAAAUUUCACGUUGUGGUUCACUUUUAAAA